UCACACCGCAAAAAUUACUGUUAUUACCAGUACAAACUUGAUCUCUUAUGUUGUUUGCAUAAAUAAAAGAAUUAUCAGUGAACUCGCAAGAAGAGUGAUGAUGAUAAAUAUAAUAUUUUGGGUUAAAUUAUUUUACGAAAACGUUUGAAGUGGUAUGAGUGGAGUAACUGGGAAAAAUAUUUUUUUUGUAUUGUCGCCAUCUUUGAUUUGUCGUGACAAAUGUUUUGAAGUGUAUUGUAUGUAUAUACAAAUCAAAGUGCUUUGUUUUGGUGCGAGUGCAUUCACCUCUAUAACUGUUGUGGUCCAAGCUAGCAUGUGAAGUAUGUAGACGUGAAAGAUUAUGGUUUAUACUGUUGUUUAGUUGCAUAUUUGUUAUAGUAAUCAUUUUAAAGAAUAAUGAUUAAUUUAUGCAGAAAAAGUUUUACUUUACAUUUGGUACGAAUUUAAUACAUUCGGUAUGGAUUUUCUUCAAAUUUAAAGAUAAUGUAACGCAUUUACUCAAUAUCUGGCUCAUUUCUGAUAUACAACCGAUCAUAAAUUAAAAACAUGGAUAUGUUUUCUGAUCAUAUCAAAUUGGAGCCGUCAUAUUACAGCGAUGCUGUCACAAACCAUAAUAAUAUCGAACCACCCACUAUAUCAUUAGAAGAUAGCCCUGAUGAACAGCCUGUGAUCACAAAACCAGAACCUGUUUCGCGUGCCAAGCCUCAAGAAUGUAAAGUAUGCGGCAAGGUUCUGUCUUCAGCUUCUUCAUAUUACGUUCACAUGAAACUUCACUCGGGCAACAAGCCAUACCAGUGCACCUCUUGCGAGGCAAGUUUUUGCCGCAAGCCGUACCUCGAGGUGCACAUGAGGACCCACACUGGUGAACGGCCAUUCCAGUGUGAGCAAUGCUUGAAGCGAUUCACCCAGAAGAGCAGCCUCAACACGCACAAGCGUGUGCACACGGGCGAGAGGCCGUACUCUUGUGACAUUUGCAACAAGCGGUUUGCCGUCAAGAGCUACGUGACGGCUCACAGGUGGAGCCACGUGGCGGAUAAACCUCUGACAUGCGAUAUGUGCAAUUUAACUUUCACUGCCAAGAGCCAGUUUGUGAUUCACAUCAGGACUCAUGCAGUAAAUGCUAAUUUUGAGUGCAACGUUUGUGGUCGUUUGUUCGUGAAAGACAGCUACUUGAUUCGCCACCACAAUCGUGUCCACAGGGAAGGAAACAAUGCCUACAACCCUGCCUGUGAAGUCGGGACAAGGGAAUCUCUACCAGUCAAUUCAUGCGAGCGGGCGGGACCCGCCUCGGAGCACCCCGGCCUCGCGGGCAAGCUCGUGCCGGCCGACGCUCUGCUGUGCUCCAGCGAGUACGCAUGACCGCAGCCCGCGGAGCGGGACGGGACGUCCCAGGUCGCGCCAGUGGAACCGGACAAGACUCCCUGAGCGGAGGCUGGGGCUAGCCCGGAGUCCGCCAUCCUGCGCAUCGCCCGUGCGUUGGUCCGCGAUCGCGACUGAGGCAGGCCCGAGGUUCCCCACGAGUCUCCCCCUCAAUCCUGCUCGGUCGGUCCGCAGAGUGGCUCACGGGCAUGCCGGAGCUGGAGCCAGGGUGUCUGUUGGGCUCAGAAGUAAUGAAUCAGAAAAUGUCGUGGACAUCCCAGAAGACAGUUCAUGGGCUUUGACAGCCAUUGUUGGUAGACUGUAGUCUUCUUGGCUUAAGCUACGUCUUUUCGUAGCUAGUUCCCUUCUUUGGGGUGCUAACAGUUGAGAAAGCAGCAACAGUGUACACUGAAACAUCUGUGAUGAGAGACAUCCAAACGUAGCUAAAGCCCAGAAGCCUGCAGCCUAAUUUACUCUAUUUAAGUCAUUUUAGAAUUUAUUUGGUUUUAAGAACAAAAUGAAUUUUUUUUGUAAAUAUUAGACUGGUGAAGCAGCAAUUGCGUUCUCAAGUGGUGAAUGUAAAAAUCAGUGGCAGACAUUUGCUGCAUUUACCUCAGUUUAUUUGUUACGAAAAGACCUGUGAAGGUUAAAAGAGAGUCACUAAUUUUCAUUUCUGCAAUCCAGCGUACACGCUGGUAGUGCAGUCGCUGAUCUGAAUGCUUUUGCGAUCAACCUUAGGAAGAAAUCACAACUUAGUGUGGACUGCACAAAUUUUCUGAUUACACACCCAGAAGGUUUGCAGUGAGCUUAAAGAAAGUUAGAAUCAUGUCGUAAUGCUUUAAGUUUAUAUACAUGAGUUGCAUUUUGCUAAACAAAUUUUAAAAAAAAAUUUAAGCACAGCAAACUCUUGAGGACACUAGUUGCUAAUUAUUAAGGCAGGGGUGCUUAGUUUUCCCACUGAAGCACAAAGGCAUCAGAGCAACUAAGGGAAUUUCCUACAUCUCAGCAGAAAGCACAAGCUGUCAAGUUGUGGAAUUUUAUUGCAGUCAUGCACAUGGGCAAAAGGAUCUAGCAAAUACAUUCUUCAGUUUGGGACAUGUUAUCUGUUCUUGCUGCCCCUUAUAGUGUUUUCCCCCUAUAUCAUCAGUCUCUCUGACAGGAUAACAGGUACCUGUAUUGCAACACACAGUUUGCACCAUUAUCAUUUUUUAAGUAACCAACACUUCUAGUCUGAAUAAAAUACAAUUAUGUAGUUGUUUGAUCAAACUUUGAUAUUUUAUCAUGUUUAAAAUUAAUACAUAGGUGUUUAUAUCCCUUACAUUUAAUUAUUGUGUUAAUGAAUGUGUGAUUUAAAAUUUGUAUACCCACCCCUCGAAAUAACACCCUAAUUAAUUCCAGAAAAACAGAGCACUAAUCAAAACUGCACUAAUACAUAAGAGUGUAUGUUAAUCAGAAUUAUUUGUUUUCCAAUUGGGUAAGUGUGCUUGCUGACAAACAUUUUGAUUAAGACACUACUCCCAUUAAAAUCAAUUUACAGUACUAAUAUAAGUCCAAAUACAUUUGAAUGUAAAAUUAAAUUUAAAAAAUUCAUGGUCCGUACUGUUUACGUAAUAGGGCUUGGACAUUACAUUCCUAAGAGUCUCUUACAACAUUUCUGAGUAAAAAAUGUUUUUUAUUAUUAGAAAGAUUAUUUAACCUGUUAACAUAAUCCCAGACUCUUUGUUUACUAAAUGUGUGUGUGUGCGUGCCAUGAUGUGAACUAGUGCAUACUAGUAGGCAUGAGGUAAACUAGCCCUGAAUUCUUACUUUACUUUCCAGAGCUGCUGCUGACAUGCGGGAUGGCAUAAUAUAAACAUUGGCUAAGAUAAAUUCGCAAUGAAGAAGCGAAUAGCUAUUAAGAAAAGAUUAGACUAUUAGUUUUGAUUCGUCACAUUAUUAAUUCGUAACAUUGUAUUUAAUGCUACAAUAGUGCGGUUGACAUUGUGCGCGCACAGAAAUAAUUAUUCACAUAAAAGAAAAGCUCUACUUUGAAUUUAUGACUGCACCACUACAAAUCAUGCCGUAAUUUAUUGGUGUCAUUACUUCAAAACCACGCAAAUUGAACUUCGAGGGGCGGGUGUAAAGUUUGACAUUACGACAUAGUAGCCUGUGUAAAAUUGCUGAAAGCUACUGUUUUGUGACCAAGGUUUUGUUGAUUUGCCUGUUUUCUCCUGGUUUUUAAGAUAUUUUUUAAAUUCCCUGAGUUCCUUGUCUGUAGGAACCCUGUUCUAAAUACGUACUCCAUAUUAUUAAUUUUUUUUUGUAUUCCCCUUAAAACUAUAUUGGUGUGGUUGUCUCUUGAACGUACUGGAUUUAAGACCCUUUACUGUAGUAUUUCAUGAGAAUACAUGGAAUGAAGCUACACCAGAUAUACCAAGCACUAUAUAAUAAGAUAAUAUACCUUUCAUUUUGUUGAUAUCUCUAGGCAUUGAUUCAUAAAUGAAUGUACAUACCUUAAAUGUGUACAUGAGCACUAAAUCCCAUUUAGGAUUCAGCAUUCACAUUUUGACACUAUUCUAAGUACAUUAUAUGUUAAAAUCCUCAAUAUUUGUGUCCCACAUCUAGCAGUGACAGGCUGAAUACAUACAGCGUAAGUUACUUUGUUUGUUGUGCUACAUGGUUAGUUAAUUAGAAAGUUUUAAUUAAAAUUAAUUUUUUAAGUUUUGAAAUAUUUAAAUUACUAUAUUUUAUUAAAUUAUUGUUUUAGAAACAUUUUAUCAUGUUCAUUAUGAAGUUAUUUUAGGCAGCAUUUUUGUUUCUUUAAAAGAAUUUUUAUGUAAAAAUAAUUUUCCAGAGUCAGAAAAACAAUGGCUCAUACAGUCUCAGCAUGCAUAUCAUAACCCAACACCUGAAAUGCCUCUGUCAAAUUUAAGAAAGUACUUAUUUCUACAUUAUAUAUUUGUAAAGAAAACUACCUGAUCAACAGUUUAAAAUAUUUUUUUAAUUUAUCAAACGCAGAUUUGUGUAGGUCAAGAAACGGUCAAAAUGUGGUAAUAUGCAUUUUCCUUGUGGUAUCAUACUUACUUGUUAUUUACAAUACAAGCACAAAAAAAAAACUAUAAUAAAGUUGUUUUGUGUGGUGGAAUUGAGAUAGCUGAUACCUAACACAAAUCAUGAGGCAAACAGCUGUGAAGAUAGAGUGAGUGGAUAUACACAUGUGUGAUCUGAUUACCAAACGGUCUGGGCACUUUAAUCCGGCCAUCGAUUUGGCACAUUCUGUUAACACAGAUGGUGCAGCAUGCAUUCAGAUUUGGAUCCAGGCAUUUGUUGACCUUGAUUGUCAUCCAUAACUCUGCAGAACUCUUAAAUUUGUCUAUAAACCAUAAUGAAUUAUUGACGCAACAUGAUAUCAGAGAUUUUCUUUAACAGUAGCACUAAUCUGUACUUUUUUCUUACUAUAUAUUAAUUUUUCUUUAGUAUUUCUGUUAAAAAGAAUUGAAAUUUGAUAAUCUGGCAAAAUUGCUAUUCCAAGAUUAUUAUGGUUCCGAAUGUGCUGGCGUAAAGUCUUACUGUAUCAACCAUGUUCUUGCUAUGUAUUAGCUUUAAGAAAAUUUUAAAAAUCUUGACUCUUGACUUUGAUAAAAAUAAACAUUGAUAUACUGUUAUCAGUUUAUUACUGAAUAUGUCAAGAAUGAAUCUGUAAUAGUAGAUAUUGCAGUAGGAUUUUAGAUACCUCAUGCUGCAAAGCUCCGAUCAACAUUGUGCAAUAAGACAAUGACAUUUUGUACAAAAGUUCCUAUAGCCAUAAAGUGUGCCAUAUUUUUUUUUUUUUUUAUCCUUUGUUAUAACUGCUGCUUGCUUAAUGUAAGUAUGAAGAAUGUUUGCAUUAAUAUUUUGAGAAAACCAUUUUUCUGCCCAAGCAUAGCUGUGGAAGUGUAGAUAUGAACGUAUAGCUGGGGGAAAAAAAACAUUUAUUGCAAGUGUAAAAAUGUCAUAAUAUUGUUUGUAUGAACAUUGUUGUAAAAAUGCUUUGCUGUGUAAUAUAAUAUUCAAGUAGUAAUUCCCAUUUGCAAAACUAUGUUCUAGCACAUGUAAAAUGAAUUUUUUGUUGUUGUCUGUUUAUCGUAAAAUAGUUUGUGCAUGGAAAUUUUAGGUAGGUGUAAUAAGUAAAUCAGCACACUUGUCUGCUGUAUCUAGUAAUUUUGUCUGGAAUUAAAAUUUAAAGUAACUUGUUAGUAUUUAAAGAAUUGGAAAAACUUAUAAAAACCUAGAUGUUAACUCAUGAAUUUGACUCGCUAAGGUUGAUAUAAAUUGAAUUAUCAUACUAAAAAGUAUUCUGCAUUCAUUUCCAGGUAUUUGUAGGCUUAAAAAAAAUUGUUUUGUUAGAUACUCUUGCAGUUAAUGUUUCAUUUUAAUUUAAAAAUGAGUUGCAUUAAAAUGGCUCUGAGACUACUAUCAUCUUGAUUGACCAGGUUACCUUAAGUUUCUGUUUCAAACAUCAUGUUGGAUUUAUUAGUACCAUUUCAUGUCAUCAUUAUUAUUUUGGGCAUACAUAACACUUUCAAGAUCAUUUCCUCAUUCCAUAGAUGGGUAAUGUUCAAAAUGUAACUCUGCUGUGCUUGUUUUCAAAAUAUUUCUUCUCAGAAGAAAAACAUAAACCAUGCAUGGUGGAUGAUACCAAGCCUUAAAAUUCACUUUUCUACGAGUGUAGAAGUUUUAGUUUUUUUGCUCUAAAAGGAAAAUUUUACAAAGCCAUAUUAAAAAAAAAAAGAGAUAAAAAUCAAUUUGGUAUAUGUAUAGGGAAAGAAAUUCUUUCUAUUUAGUGACCACAAUAUAAUUAGUCAAUCAAAAAUUUUAAUUAGGAAUACUACAUGCAAUGCUUGAAUAGUGGAACAUCCAAAGAAAUUGCCAGAGAUAAACAAUAAAGAAAUUACCCGGAAUAAAAAAACAGGCAUGAAGAAAUAGACCUAGUUUUAACUUAAAAGGCAUGAAAUUGAUGGAGGGUGCAGCUGAGUGUUUGACAGUUUGUGUGUGAAACAUAAAACCUUAACUUAAGUGUGGUCCUUUGUCAUAUUUUCACUACAGAAAAGAAUAAAUUAAUUUUAUUUGUGUGAUGUUUCCUCAAGACAAAUUAAUUCACUAAGGUAUUCCGAGGUUGUCUCUCUUAAACCUUUGAAAUUGUAGUGAAAAUUAUUUUUGUUUAUUAGUGGUUGAAUUAGUAUUAUGUAUGAUGGCAUACUAACAUACAACAGAUGUGAACAUAAAAUAACAGUACAUUAUAUUUUAGAAUUUUUCCCUCAUGAUUGGACACUUAUUUGAGUAAUCUUGGCUCUGUUUGUGCUUCUAUUGUGGGUAAAUGUCUUGCGAAUUGAUACAAAAUAUUGUGAAGUUUGUUUAGUCUGAAUUUCAUAAUUUUUUGCUUGAAAGAUAAAUUAAAUGUUUUCCUUGAUUUUUUGUGAGCAAAUAAAGUUGAAAGCAUAAUUGUAAAAAAA